GUCAAGUUCAAGUUGAAGUUGAAGCCUUUCCUACUGCAGAUUUGAGCUGAGUUUCAGCGAUGAUGGCCCAGCGUGAGCAUCGGAGGGCGGGUGAGCGGCGACAGAGGCAGGAGAGCGUCCUGCGGCAGGGAGAGUCACGGACCCGGCUGCGAGUGCCAAUUGAGGAACAGGGCCGACAGGUGGCCCAGCUGCAACAGGGUGGCCGGCAGGGGAAGGCCGAGCUGCCUGCUCGUGGGCCGAUACGGGAGGGGCAGACUGUGGGGCCAGGUUCGUGCCCGACGAGACGGUGGACGCCGCCCCGUUCCUCGACGGAACGAUUGCAGGAGGGCUCUCCGUCUCUGUCAACCGACGCGCGCAGUAUCAGGGCACCUCCCAACGCAAUGGCGCCUACCUGUUCUCCGAAUACACUCAAGUAGGCCAAGUCAUCAAACAUCUACGAAUGGGUGGAUGUCGCCAUUCAUCGCUCUCUUUGUGUGUAUCGGUCGGUCAUCAGGUGCGCGGCGGUGUGGGCCAUGGGCGUCUGACAGGGCGAGACAACGACGUCAGAGGGGUCUAUGGAGACGGUCACAUCACGGGCCAUUCAUAUCAGUACACGGCCAGCUACCGUUAUGAGGUGAGUGUUCACUCCUCAUAUGCAGUCACCCAUGCACAUCCAUUGCUCUCUCUGCUCCCUCUCACCUUUCAGCCCACAGCCUACGACGCCUACGGUGGUGCCCCUCUCAGCACUCGGCUGCCACACCGAUACGAUGGACAGCUUCCCACGUACUCACAGCACCAGACCAACCACGCCCUCAGCUGGGACGAAGUGGGCGGCCAGCCGGGCGGCGAGCCGGAGAGCCACUACGCCUCUCGUCCCGCAUACCGCGCUCCCAACAAUAUCAGCAAGACAGUGUCCCGAGGCAUUCAGUGCAGCAUCGUGACCACACAGACGCCACUCGGGCCCCGGAACAAGACGCGUGGUGCCUCGCGACACCACCACCACCAGCAGCAGCAGCAGCAGCAGAGGCCCGUCGACUAUGCAGGCCUGCAGGUGGAAGCGAUGGCUAGUUCGGUGGGCCGCCAUCCGCCACCACCGCAAAACCACGACACCUACAAUCGCCAGGACAACGGAUCAGGUGGCGGCUUGUUCGGCGGGAUGUUCUCGGGCUUGGGAUCGUUGCUUGGUGGGGAUCGGGCCGCUGGAGGUGAGGAGGGGUCUGGUGGGAUGAGACACACAUGGCCCUUCUCUAUCGCUCACCGGCACAUCGUCGACACGCCUGCCUGCCUGUCUGUCUGUCUGUCUGUGUCAGCGGUACGAGAGGAGACACAAGAGCUCCCACUGAAUCGCCGCACCAAUCGCCGACAGAACGACGAUGACCGCUACACCUAUGGUGCCCAGGUGAGCCUCACCGUCACACUCAGCCACACACUUCGGUCGUGUUCAGCAGGGUCACGCAUAUAUAGUGUCUGUCUGUUCUUUCGUCAGGGUGGGUCGGACGAGUUCCGCUACUGGCAAUUUCCCCGAGUCGACAGGCAGCAGGACAUUGAGGCCUACGCGAGGGAGCUGGACAAUUGGAAGGGCUUCUGGGAAAUGGAGCUCCAGGAGCGCUCGGAGAUCCAGGAGCGGCUUCGCUUCCGACUCGAGGAGCGGGCGGCGGAGCGGGAGAAGAGAAUGGAGCGCCUCCACCGACAACAGCAGCAGAGCAUGGAGCGUGAGUGGCGUAGACUGGAGGCCGAGAAGGACGAAAUGCGCCGCAAAGAACAGGAACUCGAGGAGAAACAGAAGCAGAUCGACCAGCAGCUGCAGCAGCUGCAACACCAGAUACAGCAGCUUCUCAACAUAGACAACGAGACGGCAGACAACCAGCAGCAGAGGAGCACCUCUGACACCGUCCCCUCGACCUCAACUGAAGGAGGACAGGAGGCACCCAGAGUGGCUGAAGGAGACGCCACUGGCGAGCGGGAGCGGGCCCGCCAGAUGCUGCAGGAGCUCGAGAGCAGCCUCCACUUCAAGAACCUCACUGUGCCAUCCGCCCCGUGUGGUGGGCGCCCGCGCCCACACGAGGUGUAGGCUCGCCCCUGUGCACGGCCGCUCGAGAAGAAGUGUGUGUUCAUGAGCCAAACCACAUGAUUGGCCGGCUGGCCGUCUGAGUGCCCUGCCCGUUGUGUUUCUUUGGACGGUUGUAGACACAUAGAGCGCUCGGACAAUUACAUAAGUCUAUGCCUUCUGGGAAGCAUUGCAAAUGGCACUUUCAUG